UUCAUGAGGCUGAUCUGCAAGCUGCCACAUGACGGCGAUGCUGCCAGGGCUCCAUGUGCCGACCGCAUGCUCGCUUCUCGUGGCCCCGCAGCCAUCUUCCUCGCUGUCGCAGCAAGCGCCAGUGCAGUAGAAACCUUUUGUCGCACGACAUGAUAGAGCGCAUUAGGGCGGUCUGCCGUGAUCGUUGGUUGGCCUUCAUAGGAGCUCUUAGCUCUUGGAUCGAUGUAAGCAGCGACGCUGGAACUACAUAUACCCACCCACCUUGAGCCAGAACUGGGUUCGAUUAGCGAGAACGCCCAUCGCUCGUCAUCAUUGUAGUUGUGCGCUUUCCAGUGAAGCACGUAGAGCUGGAGGUGGUGUUGCGCCGAUCUAGCGCUUGACGCCAACACAGAUUUCAUUCCAGCCUGUACCGAACCCAAGCAUCGUUCAAACGCACGGCAGCUAGCGAAUGGCUUGGGAAGAGCUCCUCUCGCUAUAAACCGGUGUCGGGAACCGGUGAAAAACAUCGAAGGCCCCUUCGCACCGGAUCUUCUUCAACGUGGUCCGCAUGCGACGAGGAGAUCCAACCGCAUCACUCGGCAAGAUACUCAACAAGCAACACGUCAAUGGAGCUCAGCUUGAUCGCACGCGGGCUCUCUAUCGAUCUCGUAGCGCUCGUGGCUUCGUUUGCUUGGGAUCUCGACUCGGCGUCGGCUGCUGGCCACCUAGAGAUUGUUGAGCUUCUGCUGCAUUCGCGUCGCUCCAGUCCUGUCCGCUGCAGCUUCCGAGCACUCAAUGCCGCGGCACAGAACGGAUUCCUAUUCAUAGUGCGAGCUCUGCAUCGGAGCGGGAUCGCCUCGUGCUCCACCUUCGCAAUGAACAUGGCGGCGGCCAACGGGCACCUGGAUGUGGUCCAAUUCCUGCAUUUUCAUCGAUCUGAGGGCUGCACCAGCUACGCGAUGGAUGCGGCCGCUGCCAAGGGACAUCUGGACGUGGUGAGGUUCCUGCAUUUCCAUCGCUCUGAAGGCUGCACCACUGCAGCGAUGGAUCUGGCUGCAGCUCAAGGGCAUUUGCAGGUAGUGGACUUCCUGCACAGAUAUCGCUCGGAAGGGGCCACGGUUGCUGCUAUCGAUCGAGCCGCACAAAACGGACAUCUGACGGUGGUAAAGUUCUUCAGAGAAGUUCGCCAACAAGGAUUCACUCAGCUGGCCAUUCUGUGGGCGAGCGCCAAUGGACAUUUAGAUGUAGUGAAGUAUCUGCAACCUUCGCGAAAGCGGAGAAGUGCUCUUGGGACACUGCUAGGAGACGGACGAGUGCUGGUCUGUUAGGUGCUUUAUAUAUUAGUAGUGCCAUUCUAAAUCAGAAUCAGUUUGGACUUG